AUGGGAAACAUGUGUCAUUGUGGAAUAUCCAAAGAUAGUGAUAAGUCUAGCAGCAGCUCUUCUGAGAGUGAUACAUCUUCUUCAAGAAUUUCAUCUCCGAGUGUUAGUAGUGAUCAAGUUUCAACGUCUCCUACUUCUUCUUCUUCAAGAAUUUCAACGUCUCCUACUUCUUCUUCUUCAAGAGUUUCAACGUCUCCUGCUUCUUCUUCUUCAAGAGUUUCAUCUCCGAGUGUCGAUGACGGAAGCCAAGAAAGUAGUGAUCAAGUUUCAGCGUCUCCUACUUCUUCUUCUUCUACUUCUUUUUCUUCAAGAAUUUCAUCUCAAAGUUCUAACAGCUGA